ACCUCAUUUCACUUCAUCUCACCUCUCCAACUCCACAAUCAGACGUGUUCAUUUGAAGCUCUAGCAUCGUUACACCAAAUCGCUACUUAGUCUCGCGGGAUUUACAAUUUCGAAGAUUGGCUCUUUAGCUUGGAAUUGCCCGAAUCUCAGAGUCAUCGCCUCCAGCCAACAGAGAACAUCGAAAUUGAGGACCCCGGUCCUUGCAUGAACCAUCAUGGCCCAAACAAGCCAGCGAAGAAAACGCCAGGCAGAAGAGGAUGAAGAGGAAUAUCCAGAGACGCCUUUCAAGAGAAGUCGCGGAGGUGAUGUUUCAUACUUCCAAUGGCUAUGGACACCACCUCGACCGCCAUCACGGAAAACCUCCUCGUCAGGUCUAUGGAGCCACUCCGUCCCAGACGGCCUAUUUCUCACCCGUCAUGACGCGCCCCGUUCCUUUUCUUUACCCCCGGAAUCCACAUCAAGACGGCCCCGUCGCCGAGGCGCCAUCUCAGUGACGCCCUCAUCACCCAGCGAGGUGGAUCGACAUCUCGCGCGGCAACUCCAACAGCAGAUCGCCGUCAUCCGGCUCAAGGUAGCUGAGAGCCAGCAUCAAGCACAAGACGAUGAUUGCUGUGAAGAUGACGGCGAUGGGGACAAUGUCCACAACGAAAGGGACGUUGAUUAUCUACGACGUGAACUAGAGGCCGUGCAGAUCGACGCUUCCCUACCGUCCAUCCUGGGCAUCGCGAUAGACUUUGACCAAAAGCUUUGCCUCAGUUCCUCCGGUCGUUCGUCAGAUACCACCUCUGAGCAUCGAGGUAAGCGACCAGGCGUUUGAGCGAAACCCAAAAGACGGCGCCAAUACACA